UUCUUCCUCCCUUCCUCCCUGGUUUUCCAGGUCCCUGGGCCGGCGACCCACAGGCGGGCACUGCCGGGGCUGGACGACCUCCGGCCGAACGCCGCAGAGCGGCCCCGCACGCGGGGCCCGGGCCCUGGCGAGCCCCGGGCCCUUGCCCCUCCGCGAGCGGGCGGCGCAGAGCUGGAGCAUCCGCCGGGUCCCCGGCACCGUUGACCGCCGGCUGGCUGCCCAGCGCGCCGCCGGCCCCCACGCGCCGCAACCGGGCGGCGGGGAAGGCGACGACAUGGCCGCGCGUGUCGGCCUCUUGCUCCGCGCCCUGCCACUGCUGCUGUGGGGCGGCCUGGACGCCCAGCUGGCCGCGGGCGUAGGCCAAGAGCUGCGCAGGGAGGCGGAGGCAUUCCUGGAGAAGUAUGGAUAUCUCAAUGAACAGAUCCCCAAAGCUCCCACCUCCACACAAUUCAGCAAUGCCAUCAGGGAGUUCCAGUGGGUGUCACAGCUGCCUGUCAGUGGUGUGCUGGACCCUGCCACCUUGCGCCAGAUGACACGGCCCCGCUGUGGGGUUGUAGAUACUGAUGGUCAGGCGACCUUGACUGAGAGGAUCAGCACCCUGUUUGCUGGACACUGGGCCAAAAUGAGGCGUAAGAAACGCUUUGCAAAGCAAGGCAACAAGUGGUACAAGCAGCACCUUUCCUACCGCCUGGUGAACUGGCCCCAGCACUUGCCGGAGCCGGCAGUUCGGGGAGCCGUGAGCGCCGCCUUCCAGCUGUGGAGCAACGUCUCAGCGCUGGAGUUCUGGGAGGCCCCAGCCACAGGCCCCGCUGACAUCCGCCUCACCUUCUUUCAAGGGGACCACAAUGAUGGGCUGGGCAACGCCUUCGAUGGCCCAGGGGGUGCCCUGGCGCACGCCUUCCUGCCCCGCCGCGGCGAAGCGCACUUCGACCGCGACGAGCACUGGUCCCUGAAUCGCCGCCGCGGGCGCAACCUGUUCGUGGUGCUGGCGCACGAGAUCGGCCAUACGCUCGGCCUGCCCCACUCGCCGGCGCCGCGCGCGCUCAUGGCGCCCUACUACAAGAGGCUGGGCCGCGACGCGCUGCUCAGCUGGGACGACGUGCUGGCCGUGCAGAGCCUCUAUGGGAAGCCCCAGAGGGGCUCGGUGCCCAUCCAGCUCCCAGGAAAGCUGUUCACUGACUUUGAGGCCUGGGACCCCCACAGAGCCCAGGGAAGGCGCCCCGAAACCCAGGGUCCUAAAUAUUGCCACUCUUACUUUGAUGCCAUCACUGUCGAUGGACAACAGCAACUGUACAUUUUUCAAGGGAGCCACUUCUGGGAGGUGGCAGCUGAUGGCAAUGUCUCAGAGCCCCACCCACUACAGGAAAGGUGGGCUGGGCUUCCCCCCCACAUUGAGGCCGCCGCAGUAUCCUUGGAGGACGGAGACUUCUACUUCUUCAAAGGGAGUCGAUGCUGGAGGUUCCAGGGCCACAAGCCAGUGCAGGGCUCACCACAGCGGUGCCGGGCAGGCGGCCUGCCCCGCCAUCCCGAUGCAGCCCUCUUCUUCCCUCCUCUGAGCCGCCUCAUCCUCUUCAAGGGUGCUCGCUACUACGUGCUGGCCCGAGGGGGCCUGCAGGUGGAGCCUUACUACCCCCGAGGCCUGCAGGACUGGGGCGGUGUCCCUGAGGAGGUCAGUGGUGCCCUGCCACGGCCCGACGGCUCCAUCAUCUUCUUCAGAGAUGACCAAUACUGGCACCUCGACCAGGCCAAACUGCAGGCAACAGCCUCGGGCCGCUGGGCCACAGAGCUGCCCUGGAUGGGCUGCUGGCACGCCAACUCAGGGGGUGCCCUGUUCUGAGGAUGCUCCCACCUCCUUGUGAACCAGCGGUGCCCUCAGGGCCAACCUGUAUCCCCUGCCCCAGGGGCAGAAGACCCAUGCAGGACUUUGUCUACGUGUGUUCCCUGGAGAAUGUCUUCAUUCUCUCAAGACAUCAAAUUUUGUGGGCUCAGUCUAAGGAGAAGCCAAACAGGGACCCAGAUCCCAGGGCCCUUUCCCCAAGGCUCUUUCCUCCCCAAACCUUGGGAAUUUUGUUUUUUCCACUAACAGUGCAGUUCCUAUCCAGGAGGCAGCAGGGAGGAUGAAAAACUCAACAGAGAGUUUGGGGGCCCUUUGCAAGACUGCCCCCUUCCCUCAGACCUCGGCAAAUUGGGUCUUAUUUAUUCUGAGGCCCCACCCGCCAGAAGCUUGGACGGGUUGGGUACAUGGGUCUCCAAUCUCAGAGAGCCUGAGGUGGGUCAGGACACAGAGCAAGGGGGAGACUGAUAUAAGCCUGCUGGGCCUUGGCUGUUUUGGGGGGGCAGGGGCAGUGACUGGAAUAAAGAGGUGCCCCAGCUGG